UAAAUAAUAAUCUGAUUUAAUUUAAUCUGAUUUUUUAAAAUAAUUAUUAUCAUUAUUGACUGAAGAUGGAAAACAUUGUUCGAUUGAACAGAAAGAGGUUAGUCCAAUCUUCAAUGAAUAUCAGCAGCAUACCUCACGUCGACAGGAUGUCGAAUAUCUACAACAACUCGAUGGUUCGAUUUUAUCAUCAUGUGAUCCACGAUCUAGCCGAUCCUCGAACGAAAGAUUGGUUCCUCAUACCAUCACCCGUACCUGGAAUCACCAUCUUAAUCGGUUAUUUGUACUUUAUCCUAUCAUGGGGCCCUAAGCACAUGGAGAACAGGAAACCGUAUCAAUUAAAGAAUAUUCUAAUCUGUUACAAUUUCUUACAAAUUCUUCUCAGCUUCUGGCUGUUCUACGAAGGCCUGGACGCAGCCUGGCUGCGAAAAUACAGUUGGAAAUGCCAAUCCGUCGAUUUUUCCAACUCGCCGGAAGCGCUCAGGGUCGCUAGAGGAGUGUAUAUUUAUUUUCUAGCAAAACUUUCGGAGCUUCUAGACACGGUAUUCUUCGUUCUAAGGAAAAAAGAGAAUCAAAUUACGUUUCUCCAUUUGUAUCAUCAUACUGUUAUGCCGAUGAUUUCGUGGGGUACAACUAAAUAUUAUCCGGGUGGACAUGGCACGUUUAUAGGUGUCAUUAACAGUUUCGUGCAUAUAAUUAUGUACACGUAUUAUUUUUUGGCUGCCUUAUUACCCCAAUACCAAAAAUACCUAUGGUGGAAGAAAUAUAUCACAACUCUUCAAAUGGGUCAAUUCUGCCUAGCAUUUCUGCACAGUUGUCAAUUGCUGUUUUACGACUGCGAUUAUCCAAAAUGGUCGCUCAUCUUAAUUCUACCUAAUGUACUAUUCUUCUAUUUCCUGUUCUCUGAUUUCUACAAUAACACAUACAAAUCCAAUGAGAAACAUUCAAAGGUUUUGCAAGACAAGGAGACCGAGAUAGCAAAGACAGUGUCAAAUGAAAGCAUGCAAAACGAAAGAAAAAAAGUUGAUUAGGCUGGAAUUCCUGAAAGAAGAAACGAAUGAAUAUAAAAAAUCGACCGAAAUAUCGAAUUAAUUAAAUUCAGUCAAAAUAAUCAAACGUUCAACACGUUUGAAAUUGUUGAUGUUUGUUGAUAAUGACUGUGCUUCUUGUGUGAUCCUGAUGUAUUAUGACCGACAUCAAUGGAUUAAUUGUAUAUAAUCAAUUCCAAGAUUACUUGAAAGUAUUUUUUGCUUCUACAAAAGAGACUAUCAUUGAACAGGUAUUUGAACAAUUCAAUUAUAUUGAAAUGCUGGA